AUGGACCAAUCUGGAAUGCUUGCCGCCUCACCGAUGAUGACGUCGUCGGGAAAGCGGCGCGAUUUGGAGCUGAACACACACAGAAGCGAUAAAUUCGAUCAAAAUGACAUUGUCAUGGACCCUAUGGGCAAUGUGCUGAGUGGUUCCCCAGAAGCACUGAUCGCUCGUCUUCUCCCGACCAGGGACGGUGUCCCGGACGCAAACUAUAUGUUCACCCUUCUGCUGAACCUGCGAACGGUGAUGUCUCCGGAGGAGUUGAUGCAGAAAAUCGUGCAAGUGAGUGAAAGACGUCGCCAGCGUUGA